UAUUCAGUUUUUACAGUGGACUGUGGUAGAGGAACGUACUAGGUAGGCCAUGCAUGAAUAGCUAAGGGGACAGAGUGAGGAGCCAGUGGGCUGGACAAGCUGACCACACAAACUGUGAGAGCGUGCUAGAUAGUAAGGUUUGGGUGUCAUAGAAAAGCAAGGAACGAGGCUCCUGUGUGAGUAGGCUAUGCACAUUCAUUAUGUGUAUUCAAGAACUGAUGUUCAAGGACAGGCUCCUCGAGCUUCUAGGAAAAUCAAAAAACCGACCAGCAAGAUGGCUCAGUAGCUAAAAAGCGCUCACUGCCAAGCCUGACAGGCUGAGUUCCAGCCACUUGGUAGGAGAGAACCAACUGCCACAAGUUGUCCUCUGACCUCCACACAUGUAUUGUGGUGCACACCACCACCCCACUAAAUAAAUAAAAUGUAGUUAAUUUUUUUUUUUUUUAAGUAAAGGAAGUAACUUGCCAAGACCAACCAACUUCAGGCAGACAGCCCAGACAGCAAUGCAGUGCCCUCAGGAGAGACUGCUCUGGACCUGAACCUUCUGGGUAACCCCUAGUCAGCUCCCUGGGAUCCUAAGAGGGGGCAGGGGUUGUGGAUCCUCCAACCUCCGACCCUCCUUCCAACAGGACAGAUACCAUGGCUUCCUCCCUUCUAAGGAGGAAGUGAGUCAAACAACAGUAAGGGCUGUUGCCUGUGUUUGGUUAGCAAAGCGGCUCCUAGGCAGACUGGUAAUUACAGUUGGCAUUUCAUUUUUGCCCAGGCAUGCCAGAUAAUUGUGCUGGCGGUGGAGGAACCUCAGUGCCUGGCGCUGGAAAGUCCUACUCCAAAGCUAAGCUUCCUAAUAACCGCAAGAAGCAAAAACCCCUUGUUGAAAGAGUGUCAUCCAUGAUGCAAUGGCUGGAGUUUACCAAGUGUCUCCUUCCUGUUUUCGUUUACUCAAACUUCAGCUCUGCAGGCGCCAGGCAGUUGCCUUGAGAGUGCGUGGCUCCCGCAGGUUCAGACCCUCUUAUGUAGGCACACGUGGAGCCUUAUGAUGGCCCACGCUGUCAGGAGGGGUCAGCGCCAGGAGGGAGGAGUUGCUUUCACCUAUCCUAAGUGAAUUGACUUGGCAACCCAAGCGGAAACUGCUAACAGUCACAUCUAUACACUCCCAGUUGUCAGGAAAUUUGGAUACGAGUGGAAUUUUUCCUUCCUUUGGGUUAAUGUGUCACAGUCUGAUGCUUUUGCGACAGAUGGAAAAAUCCUAUAUAGAGCGUGCAAGCAGAAGCGUACCGGGCAAAUAGGGAGCACUCUGAGGGGCCACGAGGCACCCACUGGGGCGCUGAGCGUAUACUUAGUGUAUACUUCCUGCAGAGCCGUUCCUGUUUGAGUUUCUCAGUUGUAAAACCUCAGUGUUCGCCAGGGCAUGCCUCGCCGCAGCGUCCAAACGACCCUUCUCUGCCAUCCAUGAGGUGCCCAGAGCUCAGCAAUGAGAACAUGUCCCUUGCAUUGUUUGGUUCUCACAGCCUUGCUGGAACCAAGAGCCACCUACCUGCGUGACCACAGUAGAAUGGUGUCACUGCACAAGCUGAGAAAACCAGGAUAUAGCCAGGCUGAGCCUUUCUUGCACGCCUCUACCCACUCUGCAACACUCACACCCUGUCCCCACCUCUCUAUGCUGCCCACGACAGAUGCUGGGUAUCCCCUAGUGUCACUCGCUAGGAGCAGCGCUCUCCCACGCCUGGACCCACCCACCUGGGUCCCACGAGGAUGAUAGCACUUUGUGAAGUGAAGACCCCUAGAUCUUGUAGGAGGGGUCGGUCCCCAACCAGCUAUUCAGGUCACGUGGUCCGCGGCAGGGCCCCACGGAUGGGUCACGUGACGGCGGCGCAGUGUUGCCUAGGCAGCGGCUGCGGGCGGAAAGAGGGAGGGGGCCGGUCCUCCGCCCUGGCCCGGCCGCCGGGCCACCCGGCCGCGACACAGACGCUAGCCACGAGCCGGAGCCGUGAGCUGGAGCCAAGCGCGCUGAGGGCUGGACAGUCAGGCAGUCAACCAUCCUGCCCCAUUCUCUGGAGGAUGAGCGCCUUCCUGCACAUGACUUCAGCUUCCUGCUUCUCAGAACCCUCUCUGUGGGCCACAUCUUGUCUUGGAUAAAGGCCUGGUCCCCACCAUGAGUGCAGAGCUCAAUGUGCCCAUGGACCCCUCUGCCCCUGCCUGCCCUGAACCCGGCCACAAGGGCAUGGAUUACCGAGACUGGGUCCGGCGCAGCUACCUGGAACUCGUCACGUCUAACCACCAUUCGGUGCAGGCACUGUCCUGGAGGAAGCUCUACCUGAGCAGGGCCAAGCUGAAAGCCUCCAGCCGGACCUCAGCCCUCCUGUCUGGCUUCGCCAUGGUGGCCAUGGUGGAGGUGCAGCUGGAGACCAAGUACCAGUACCCUCAGCCCCUGCUCAUUGCCUUCAGCGCCUGCACCACGGUGCUGGUAGCCGUGCAUCUGUUUGCUCUGCUCAUCAGCACUUGCAUCCUGCCCAACGUGGAAGCGGUGAGCAACAUCCACAACCUCAACUCCAUCAGCGAGUCGCCGCACGAGCGCAUGCACCCGUACAUCGAGCUGGCCUGGGGCUUCUCCACCGUUCUGGGCAUCCUGCUUUUCCUGGCUGAGGUGGUCCUGCUCUGCUGGAUCAAGUUCCUCCCAGUGGAUGCCAAGGAUCAGCCAGGCUCCCACAGCCACACGGGCUGGCAGGCCGCUCUGGUGUCCACCAUCAUCAUGGUACCUGUGGGUCUCAUCUUCGUGGUCUUCACCAUCCACUUCUACCGUUCCCUGGUGCGGCACAAGACGGAGCGCCACAACCGUGAGAUCGAAGAGCUGCACAAGCUCAAGGUGCAGCUGGAUGGGCACGAGCGGAGCCUGCAGGUGGUGUGAGGGAGGCCGUUGCGAUUUGCUACCAACCUGCACGGGAGGGCAACCCUCAGGCCACCACGCAGCUGGUCAGAGUAGCCAAGGGGGCCGCCAGACAAACCCGGGCUGCAUGAGAUCCACCACACAUCCCAAGAGCCACAGUGUGGGGAUGGCUAAACAGACUGCCUGGAUGCUGCUCCAAUAAUCCCAUACUCCUGUCCCCGCAUGAAUAAGGGUCUAAAAGGAGUGAGAAAGCGUCCGUUUCAUCAUGGAGGCCGGAGGAAGAAACACGACCACGUGGCCCUGGGGACUUCCUGGUCCAAUCAUAUCAGAGAGCACUGUAGAUCUCAGACGUCUGGACCUUGUGAUUGGCAGGGCAGGGUGGUGAAUUCCCAAAGCCAGCUGGGGGCUGGGGCUCAGGUGGGAGAGUGUUUGCCUAGUGUGCAGGAAGCACUGCCUAAGCCAAGUCAUCCCAGGGUCAUCGAGGUGCUAGGGAGGUGGAGGAAGGCAGAUCAGGGCUUCAAAGUUGUUCUUUGCUACAUGGUCAGUUUGAGGCUACACGAAAAAGUCAGACACAUGCACAUGCAUGCAGAAGAGCGCGCACGUGCACACACGUGCGUACACACGCACACACAUGCACACAGACACACACAAAGAAGGGGCUGCUUGAGUGUGCAGAGGUGGGCCCGGGGCUGGCACAGGGUAACAUGGCUUAUGAUGAAAGACAGGGAUGUUUUACCAGAUCUGUAGCUCAGCUUGGCUCUUUCCUCCCGAUUGGAAAGGGUCACAGAGUGUUCAGGACCCUGGGGCACACAGCAGCUCAACAAGGGUAACAGAUACUGUUAUUGGAGUGAGAGUUUCCUGGUUCUAGAGAGACAGCCAUAGGCCUGAGGGCAGCCAUGCCACCCCCACCCCCCAUGGACUGUGUCAACGCAGGCAGGGGCACCAUCUCAGAGACCAGGCAGCUCAGAUCCCUUCUGCCUGUGGCCCCCAGAUGUUGAGAGGAUAAACUGGGGCGACUUCCUGUUUUUGCAAAGUGGUUAGCCCUGUGGUUAGGCCUGUGGGUGGGGCAGGGACCUGGCCCAGCCUAAUAUAGGCAGCUAUUCCCUGUAAUGAGGCUAUGGGCAGAGAAGGGGAGACUUCAACACCCCAUUUCUGGGCCUACCAGACACUCCAUGCAGGUCCCUGCCCCGUGUUUACACAGCUGUGUAUGGGUUUGGCAUUGCCACUACGGGCAUCUGGCUAUCCAGCUGGUAUUGUCAUGCAUACUGUGCUAUACCACACCAGCUUGCGUGGGGGCCAGUACUUACCCAUUCUGUCACAUUACCUAGAGGGCUGAGGUCUCUUACUCUGUAUAUAAAUGGUCGCUGGGCUCCUGCGAGUACCACUUCCAUCUCUUACAACAGCUUUUCUUUGGAGUCUGGAUUUGGUGCCCGUGGGAUCCUGGAGGGCCCCACCCCCAUCCUGAAGUCUCUGGAAAUGGGUCAUACUGCCAAGCAUAAACUUCAACAGGCAGAGGGCCCUGGGGAGCCUGGUGGAGGUCUUCCUUGUAAAGUGUGACAUCAGUGGACAGCCAGGACAUAGUGUCCUGUGAACCCAGGAGAAACGCCCUCUGUCUUUCAAAGGCUGUAUCCUUCAACACUCUCAGCCCUUGCACACAUCUGUCUGAGACCUCUUGCGUUUCAGAUCUCUGUUUUCCUGGGGUCUUUUUGGGAAGGCCAGCCUAGUUUGAUUUGUUUGUCUUGCUAAAGAAUGCUAUAAUCCUGGGUGGACAAGAUGGCUCAGUGGGUAAAGGCGCUUGCCACCAAGCCUGGAGACCUGAGUUUAGUCCCAAUCCUCUGACCCACAACCAAGUAAAUAUAACGAGAAAAACGAUUUACUGUGAGCAUCACUGUAAGCUGGUGUGCGAGCAGGGGAGGAGAAGAUGACCUCUGGAAGGAAUCCACACAUGGCCAGGCACAUCUGUAAGGUAAACCUUCAAGGGGUGGAGGCAGGAGGAUCAGGGGUUCAAGGCCAGCUUGGGCUGGACAGACUCUAUCAGGAAAAGGGGGUGCUGCAGAUGACCCCCGUAUUUAGGAAUGCUUGCUGCUCUUGCAGAGGACCAGAGUUCAUCUCCCAGCACCUAUGUAGGGCAGCUCACAACGGCCUGUGACUCAAGUUCUAGAGGAUACAACACCCUCUUCUGGCCUCUACAGGCACCCACUCACAUGUCCAUAUUUACACAUAUAAAAUAAAAAAGGGGAUUCCUGCUAAACAUUGAGUCCACUCCUUCUACCCAUUUUCUGAAGCCAUUUGGUGCCUCUGCUCAUGGGGGCACCCGGCACUAGUGCAGUAGGGGACUCCUGCCAUUCUUCACGUUCUACCAUUAGUCUUCCUAGCGCUGAGCAUGGGACAGCCAUCUGUGUAUGAACAGAGGUGUCAGCCCAUGUGGUCACCCAUGGGCAGGAGUCACAGGGCCAUCCCACAGCUUUGUCAGGAGUUGGUGGAUAAGCCCUCCCUGCCACCAGUGGCGGAAGCCAGCAAGCUCAAGGCUGGAAGUUCAGUUUCUGGAGGCAUAACCUGAUUUUUGAAUCUUGUUCUAACUGCAGCCACGUGGCUAGAACCACUGGGGGCUCCUGGGACAGGCACAGGCUCGCCCUAAUUUCAUCUAUCCAAGAUUCAGCCCUUCCUGGUGCUCAAGGGACCCGUGUCCUCAGACACACCAAGGCCCUUCCCAACACGGCCUCCCCGCACCCUCAACCACAAAGUCUCUAAAUUCAAGCGUUUCUACUUAAGACAUUUCAAAGGCAGAACAUGAUUGGUGUCUUUUGGGAAAGGCUACUGAAAACAAACUACAGGAGCCUGGCGGGCUCAAGACUAUAUCAUUAUUUCUGCAGGACACUGUAAAUAACUCCUUUCCUGGGUGUGUGGUUUUUUGUUUGUUUGUUUGUUGAUUUUUUUUUUGCAGUUGCCCCGGAUUGAGCUGAAUAAACUGGUACAGAUUUUAAAAACUC